CGGAGUGUAACAUUCACACACACACACACACACACAUACAGUGGGGAUACAGAGAGAGAGAGAGAGAGAGGCACUGACCGUGUGUGUGUGUGUGUGUGUGUGUGAGAGAGGCUUCACACCUGGAAGAAUGGCUGAGGACGCGAGGACGAUCCGGGUGAGCGGGCUGCCGGAGAACAUUUCUGAGAGUCGGCUCAUAGACAAACUCCAGAUCCAUUUCCUGCGUAAAAGGAACGACGGAGGCGAAAUCCGCUCGGUCACCAUCUCCAAAACCGCGCCUGGUACAGCCUUCAUCACGUUCGAGGAGGGAGGAGUUGCCUUGAGACUCGCUCAGAGAGAAAAGCAGACCUUUAAAGUCAAUGAAAAAAUUUACGACAUCAGCAUCAGCCUUCACCAAGAAGGAGUGAAUAAAGUGGAUAAAGUCCUGUUGUCUCUGUCAGUGUUGGUGGACUACAGGACGCUUCCAGGAGGAAAAAACUCUCUUCGGUCUUUCCAUAAAAGUUUUCCAGGAGUUCGUUUGUCUUUUGAUGAUGAGAAAGAGCGCUGCACUUUGAAAGGGAGAUACAGCGAGGUUCAGCUGCUCACCAACCUGCUACUGGAAUCACUGGAUCAACUGGAAUCGCAGGACCUGAGCUCAGGUGAUAAACCAUCACCAAAGACAGAAAGCAAAAGGAUCUCACCAAACAGCCCUUUAGGAGCAAGUGAAGACCCUGGGGUGGAGGAGCACACCAGGCUGAGGGACGUUCCAUAUCUGGACCUGGAGAGUGACAGAGGGAAGACAGGUUUCCCUCUGUCAGGUAGUUACGAUGAUCAUGCAUCAGGUGCAGCUUUAUCAGAAGACAAAUGGGUCUCGCCGCCAGAUAUCAGCGCUGAGUUAGAAGACUUUUCCCUGAUUGUCGAUUCAGACAUCUUCCAGUAUAUCCAUAAAUUCUGCUCCAGAGAGUACCAAAGCAUCCUCAGGAGGCACAAGGUGGAGGUUCUGGAUGUCAACUGUGACGACAUCACAACGUUGUACCUCGAACCAAAAGCAGCCCUGUCUGAGCAUGACAUGAGUUCUGUUCUAAAGGCCCAUCAAGAUCUAGCACACCUGUACCAGCAGAAGGAGUCACAGUUACGCAGGGAGCACGUUUAUAAGCAAGGAAUUCCAGAGAAGGAGCUCACAAACGCUCUGGAGUCGCUUAGGACAAGGCUGCCUAAGCUGAUGAUCAACGAGAAGGACAGGAAUGUGUACAUGGUUGGAAGUGUAAGUGACGUAUCUGAAGCAAAGCAGUUUCUCAAUGAUGUACGAGGGCUCGGGGUGGAGAAAAAAAUCCAAUCAGAUCAUCCGUUUGUUCCGUCUCAGUCCAAAAGUACCCUCUCGAAACAUGAAAGUUUAGCAUGGUCAGGGCCAUCAGGUCUCUUUUCAACAUCGCUUCAGAACCCUGAUGAUCUGUUCAUGCCAAAAAGGGACAGACAAGAUGCACAGUUGCAGAAUUUUAGCGAGAGAAGACAGAAUUCUGUGGAACUAAAAAGUUUAAAAGACCAUUUACUCACUGGACAGUUUAACUUCUCAAGCCAAAGACUUGAGAGGUCAACAGAGGACAUAUUCUCUCCCAGAAGAAAUGACUUUUCACAAGAGAGUCAUGUCCCAAGUGAUCUAGAUGGGAUGGAUCACGGUGGCUUGGUGGACAAAAAUAAAUGCACAGAUUCUCUCUUUGAAUCAUCCAAACCUUCUUCUCCACUCUCCAUUUUAAAUGCAAAUGAAAAAUUCUUUAAUACAUCAGACUCGAAGGUAGCUGGCUCAGAGACACAAAUCACCUUAAGUAAAGGGUCCAAGACCAAACAACCUGAGGCUGCGAGGGAACGAAAAAUGGCUGCAAAUCUUGGUUUGGAAAUGUACAGGAGCUCAAACAAUUUACCGACAGCUCCCAUACUGGAUAAAGUCGCAGAUGUGAAGGAGAGAAUGUUUCCUGACAGCGGACAGCCACGAUCUCUUCCUCUUAUCUCAACUUCAUUGAACAGUAACCUGGAUCCAAACAGUUUACUUGGUAUUUCGAGUGCAAUAACCAGCACUAGCAAGAUGAAUUUACAAGACAGGAAACCUGCAUUGACUCCAGCUUGUUUAAGUGGAGACCAAGAUGCCAAAAGUCUUCCCAUCAUGCCUUCAGGAUCAACCCUGACAUCAUCCAAUAGCCAGAGUUCUCAGACGAGGGAAAUUGUUGCUAUAGAUAUAGCUUUACCUUUUAAACUGUGGUUAUAUCUUAUGGCAGUUUAUAGAACUGAAAUCGAUCAUUUGACAUCUGACCUACAAGUUAAAGAAAAGGUGGAUAAGGACGACGUCACAUUAUGUCUAAGAGGUGUAGACUCGGAAAAGGUGAGCGAAUGUCACCAGGGUCUAAAGGGUCUCUUUGCGGCAGCUGAGAAAGACUUUGACGUAAGAACGCUACCGCUGUCUACGCUUGGAGUGUCGAACUGCAAAGAUAAGAUCUUGCUAGAUUUAUGUAAAUGCAUGAGAGAGCACCAUAAGAUGGUUAAGGUUCUAGUAAUGUCCAAUGAUGUGAUGAUCCUUGGCCCCAAACCAUCAUGCGAUGAGGUAGAGGCCACUAUGAUAAAGGUCUUCCAUAAAGAUGGAACGUUGGAGAAAUCUCCCAACCAAGAUACUUCCCACACCAGCAAAGCAUCUAACAAUGAUCUGAAACUACUUGGUGACAAGACGACAACAUCAACAAAACCACAUAGCAUCAUUACCAAAGAUACAUCCAAAAUACCUGACCAGAGUGUUUCUCAUUUCUCAAAAAAUCUUCCUCAGGCUUUAACAAACCAAACUAGAGACAACCAAGAACAAGACAAUCAAAGUGUGAGCCAGAAGAAGAUAAAAAAUGAAAAGUUAGAACAACUGGAUAGGAAUGAUUCUACCUUGAUUCAGGGAGAUGGUGGGAGCAUGAACAAGAAGAAUGAAGAAACCUUAUCUGGCAGCGUCAUCACCUUAGGAGAUAGUGACAAAAACAGAGCUCUUACCAGCAUUACUGCUCAGAGCAAGGAAACCUCUACUCAGCAAAUGAGCCCAGGCAGCUCACAGGACCAGGGGUCACCUCGAGUCCCAGAACCCAAGAACGACACCCUGACAUCCCAUGCCAGCGGAAACCAGAACCUUCUUUCAUGCUAUGUGUGUAAAAAAGAGUACAGCACGGUUAUACAAUUAGCAUGUGACUUUAACCUUUGCCCCAAGUGUGAGAAAGAAGUUCACAACCCCUGCAGAACCUGUGGUACCUCUGAGUCUGGAAUCAAAGGCACAAUGUCUGUUCAAGAAUCAACAAUAACUAUUCCUGGAUUCAACAGAGACACAACCCUGAAGAUUGUCUAUGACAUACCUGAUGGUGUUCAAGGGAAGGAUCAUCCGUGCCCAGGGGCGCCGUUUAAAGGCAACAGAUUUGAAGCCUUUUUACCUCGUAACAAAGCCACGGAAAAGCUUCUGCCUCUUCUGCAGAAAGCAUUUCAUAAAGGACUCACCUUCACCGUGAAAGCAGUAUCUUCGAAUGAUGAUGGAGGCAAAGAAGGACAAGUGGUUUGGGGCAGUAUUCCUCAUAAAACCAAGACAGAAGGAGGCACAUCUAAGAACGGCUAUCCUGACUCCAACUACACCAAGCGCCUGGAGGAGGCGCUGCAGGCAGCAGGAAUUGAAGAAUGAAUGUUUUCCCCCCUGACCGUUUUUAUCACUGCUCACUCUCCUGAAGACGAUGGUUAUUUCUUGUGGGUUUGUUAGUUAGAUCUCUGCACCAAGUUUCUGUUGAGUUAUGCCUUGGUCCUGUGUGAAAGUUACUCCCAUGUUCUCCCCAAGUCAGGGUGUGAGACUUUUGUUCUGGGUUCUAUGGUUUACUCUUACCUGCUAAAAACUUCCAGGUCAGGAGACGGGUUUCACAAAAUUCUACUGUACAUACACUAAAAACCCUGAGUGUGAACCCUGAGUGUCCCGUCACAUACUGGUGUCUCUUCUCAGUUUUUUUCCUGCACUUCACCUAACGUUCCCAGAUCCUUAAAUGUGCACAGUAUGUAUAACGAUGAAUUGAUUUAAACAGCACUUAUAAAACUAUACUUUUGAACUUCUUUGUAGUUUAGGUACAGUUUGGUAACUAAUUAAAACACUGUGUGUAAUAGUGAUGAGGGGAAGUGAAGAUUAAACACAUCGGAACACAGACACAGUCUUAAGUGGCUGUUUAAGCUUUGUACCAAAAUUACUGAACUGAUUUACUUCUUGAUAUUAAUAGUAUAAAUACUUCAUCCAAACACCAUGGUGUGUGUGUGUAUGUGUGUGUGUGUGAGAGAGAGAGAGAGAUAUUCUAAGGGCCACCUGUUUGAAAUCAGAUACUGUAUUUUGACAAAUUGGGUUAAGGAUUAAUAUGAUUGGAUGGAUUGGUAAUGUAUACAACAUGUAAAGAUGAUAAAAAUACAUUAUGUUUAUUUUCAUGAUUAUGUUUCCUUUUUAAAUGAAUAAAUACUUUUUUGAACUUU